CACUGCCUAACGCUUCUCCUGGGAAUUAACCAGCAACACUGUUCUCUUGACAUUGAUUUCCCAGGAAGGAGUCCGCCAUGAUCUCCACGACUCUCCGCUGGAUUGCUCUGUUGUCGUUUAUUUUUUUGACCAUUGGUGGCAACGCGCUGGUGUGCCUGGCUGUAGGGUUCAGCCGUCGCCUGUGGCGUGUUGCUAAUUGCUUCGUGGUAUCACUGGCAGUGACGGACCUCCUGCUGGGCCUGCUGGUGCUGCCCCUGACUGCGUCUGUUGAGCUGCGCGGUGGCAAAUGGCCGUUCGGAGGAACCCUGUGUAAUAUUUACAUUUCACUCGAUGUCCUGCUGUGUGCAUCCUCUAUCCUGACCCUGAUGGCAAUCAGUGUGGAUCGAUAUCUGGCUAUUUCGGCGCCACUUAGCUACUCCAGGAGGGUGACCCCUGUAAGGGUGACUGUCGCCCUUGUUUCCAUUUGGUCUCUGUCCCUUGCUGUGUCUUUUGUGCCCAUCCAUCUGGGCUGGAACACUGUCGACUACAAGGUCCAGCAUUCGGAGUGGGGCAUAUGGGACGAGGACACGGAUGGGCGCUACUGUCAGUUUGAAUGGAACAACAACUACGUUCUGUUUUAUGUCUUUGUGACAUUUUACCUGCCUCUCCUGCUCAUGUCUGGGAUGUACCUGUGUAUAUUCAGGGUGGCAAAAGAACAGGUCAGUGUUUGUUACUGUAGUAAAACUCACAACAAAUAAGGCAUGCAGCUCAAACUGUAUUGUUUUUUUAGACCAG